CAUGUCGCGGAGAAAGGAAAAUGAGGAGACAGAUAAACAGACGCGUAUUGCUAUAGUCAGCGAUGAUAAAUGCAAGCCAAAGCGUUGCCGUCAGGAAUGCAAGAAAUCCUGCCCCGUUGUUCGCAUGGGGAAACUUUGCAUUGAGGUGGCGCCCACGUCAAAAAUUGCUUCACUCUCGGAAGAACUAUGCAUAGGUUGCGGUAUUUGCGUAAAGAAAUGCCCCUUCGAAGCUAUUACAAUCAUCAACGUUCCCAGUAAUCUGGAGAAGCAUACCACCCAUCGAUAUGGAAAAAACUCAUUUAAACUGCAUCGUCUCCCGAUUCCUAGACCUGGUGAAGUGCUUGGACUAGUUGGCCAAAAUGGUAUCGGCAAGUCCACAGCACUGAAAAUCCUCGCCGGCAAACAAAAGCCUAACUUGGGAAGAUACAGUGAUCCACCAGACUGGACCGAAAUUUUGGCAUAUUUCCGGGGUUCAGAGUUGCAGAACUACUUUACCAAAAUAUUGGAAGACAAUUUGAAGGCGCUCGUGAAGCCACAGUACGUUGAUCAGAUACCUAAGGCAGUGCGUGGUGCUGUCGCUGAACUACUCGACAAAAAAGACGAACGCAAGAAUCAGGGUACAAUUUGUAAAAUGCUGGACUUGCUGCAUAUACGUGACCGUGACAUUGCUCAGCUAUCUGGUGGGGAAUUACAACGCUUUGCUAUUGCAAUGGUGUGCAUUCAGGAUGGUGAUAUUUUCAUGUUUGAUGAACCCUCAUCGUAUUUGGAUGUGAAGCAACGUCUAAAUGCUGCUUUAACCAUUCGACAUCUACUGCAUCCCACGAAAUUUAUUAUCGUUGUGGAGCACGAUUUGUCAGUUUUGGAUUAUCUUUCGGAUUUUAUUUGUUGUCUUUACGGUGUGCCAGGUGUUUACGGUGUUGUUACAAUGCCUUUCUCGGUACGUGAAGGCAUAAACAUUUUCCUGGAUGGGUUUGUGCCAACCGAAAACAUGCGUUUCCGGACUGAAUCACUAACCUUCAAGGUCUCUGAAUCAGCAACUGAAGAGGAAAUUAAACGCAUGAAUCACUAUGUGUAUCCCUCCAUGAAAAAGACAUUGGGAAAAUUUGAAUUAACUGUGGAACAAGGUCACUUUAGCGAUUCUGAAAUUAUCGUUCUAUUGGGUGAAAAUGGUACCGGAAAGACAACUUUCAUUCGCAUGUUGGCUGGAAAUUUGCAACCAGAUGAAGAAGUCGACUUGCCAGUUUUAAAUAUAUCUUACAAACCGCAAAAAAUUUCACCCAAAUUUCAAAACUUGGUGCGUCAUCUGUUGCACGACAAAAUUCGUGACGCUUAUGUGCAUCCACAAUUCAUUGCAGACGUUAUGAAGCCCAUGAAAAUCGAGGAAAUAAUGGAUCAAGAGGUGCAGAAUUUAUCUGGUGGUGAAUUGCAACGCGUCGCUCUAGUUCUUUGUCUAGGUAAGCCAGCAGAUGUUUAUCUUAUCGAUGAGCCGUCGGCUUACUUAGAUUCCGAACAACGUUUGGUAGCAGCUAAGGUCAUCAAGAGAUUUAUUCUACAUGCGAAACGUACCGGCUUCGUCGUGGAGCACGAUUUUAUCAUGGCGACUUACCUAGCUGAUCGUGUUAUUGUACUCGAAGGUCAACCCUCUGUAAAAACCACUGCUUUCUCGCCACAAUCAUUAUUAAAUGGCAUGAAUCGAUUCCUGGAACUCUUAGGCAUCACCUUCCGCAGAGAUCCCAACAAUUUCAGACCACGCAUCAACAAAAACAAUUCGGUUAAGGACACUGAACAAAAACGUUGCGGUCAAUUCUUCUUCUUGGAGGAUGAUGCCGGCAAUUAAGGAAGUAUAUUAUGUGAAUUAUAUACAACUGGAACACAAUAUAGCGCAGUUACUCGGAGACAUAAAUGGUUUAGAUAUCUUUUUGUGCAUUCAUAAAUUUUGUAAUCUUUACAAAAGAUCAAGACAAACAAAGCUCAUCCCAACUGCUGUUGGAUAUUUAAGUGCUAAUUUCUAUUUUUGUAUAGAUUUUUUCUGGAUCCUUACUUUUGUCUUGUAAUGUUACUGCUAGUCGUGAAACAUUACAGAUGGUUAUGUUAAAACUAUUUUGUACAAUUUUUCAAUAGUCAAAUUAAAGAAAAUACUGUAAUAAAAAAAAUUAUAUAAAAGCGCGAAUUAAAGGCAGACCGGAUGCGUAAACGAAAUUA